UAAAAGUUAGAUAACCAGGAAAGUGUGUUAGAGAGAAUAAUGCAGCGUGCUCCUCACGCAUACUCCUGCUUUAGAACUUUCAAACUUUCUGUAGUUUUAUCCAAUCCAGGCCAGACUCCUCUCUCAGUUAUUUUUCCAUCCAUUUUUAGCACUUGAUUUCAUGGCGUCUACAUCCUUCUCUCACAAACGUUCUUUCAGUGAAUUUGAAAGGGAAACGCUCAUUGUACCAAAAAAAUUAUAUGAUGCGUUCCUCAAUCACCGAGGCCCUGACACAAAAGAUACUGUGGCUUUUGCACUUUACGAUCCACUGGAGGAAAUGGGAUUUUGGACAUUUCUUGAUGAUCAAGAAUUACAAUUGGGAGAUUCAAUUGAGCCUGCCAUACAAAAUGCCAUAUACUCUUCCUCUGUGCAAAUCGCCAUCUUCUCCCCAAGAUAUGCGGAGUCCCCUUGGUGUCUAAAUGAGCUGGUUCACAUGCUGAAAACCAGGGCUCUGUUUAUUCCUGUAUUUUGUGAUGUCAAGCCUUCCGAGCUUCGCUAUCCUCACAAGGGAAUUUAUGCAGCUGCAUUCGCUAAGCAUGAAGAAAAUGGGAGAUUCAGUAAGAAGAAGCUUCAACAGUGGAAAGAAGCUCUCCGCUCUUCUUCACUGGUCUCUGGCUACGAAUUCAGCACAUCUAACGAUAAUGUCGAGGAGCUGCGUACAAAGAUUGCCUUCGCUGUGCAACAAAGGGUUGGAAAGAAGGGCUUCCCAAGUUAUGCGGAAGUUGCAAAACAUCAGAUUGUUCUUAAUGCAGACGCAGAAGCGUCAACGAGUAGGUCAGCAGAGGUGUACAAGAAAUCUAGCCUUCUGCCCAGAGAUUCGCAUCCAGUGGGGAUAGAUUCCAAAGUUGAAGACAUGCUCAGGUUGCUACAAGAUCCACAGGUUCCAGUUAUAGCAGUCCUUGGUAUGGGUGGCUCGGGAAAGACGUUUCUUCUCCAAAAUGUCUACAAAGCCUUAAAAUCCAGGUUUGACAAUUCUAUUUGGCUCUCUAUUUCCAAAUCAUAUGCAGUCAAGAAUUUGCAACAUGAUAUAGCCUUCCGCAUAGGUUUAAAAAAGGAAAUUCUGGAUGUUGAAAUAUCUGAAGAGACAGCGGCUGAAUUAAUUCAUGACCGUCUCCAAGGGAAAAAAUCCCUUAUUGUGCUGGAUGAUCUGUGGACGUUGUCAACAGAAGAUAAUCUCUUAGAUAAACUUGGUCUUCCAGUUGAUAAAGAUUGUAAAGUGGUGGUGACCACAAGAAAUAAGGAGGUUGCUCGAAAUUCAAAAGCUCAUAUUUAUGAGAUGGAAAAUUUGUCGGAUGAAGACAGUUGGAAGCUGUUCUGCGUCUACGCAUUUCUGGGUCAUGGAGAAAACAGAGUGCCAUCGCACUUGGAAGAGGUGGGUCGUAAGAUUGUAAAGCAAUGUGGAAAUUUGCCUCUGGCUAUCAAAACGACAGCAGCAUCUCUAGCCAGCGCCACAGAUCUUAGAAAAUGGGAGUCCAAGCGCCGUCAGCUUGAAAGGGCAGUUAUUCCCAUUGGGGACCAUGAUCCUGUCAUGGAUAUAUUAAAAUUGAGUUACGAUUCCUUGCCACCACAUCUUAAACCCUGUUUUGCUUAUCUUUCUUUCUUCCCUGAGGAUGAGGAGAUAGACCCUGAAUAUCUGGUAUAUCUAUGGAUAGCAGAGGGAUUCGUCCCAACAGGAGCAGGAGCAGGAGACGAGCAGUGGGAUACUGCAUGGGAUUGGUUAGAUCAACUUGCCCAGCUGUGUCUGCUUCAACUAUGCGAAGAUCGAAAAGGUGCUGCUGAUGAUUCUUAUGAAUGGUUAAACAAAUAUUGCAAAGUUCAUGAUCUGUUGCAUGAUUUGGCCAUACAGAUAUCGAGAGAAAAUCAGUGUGUUUUUUCUCUUGAAGAAGCCUCUACACAUACAAGUGGUGCCUCUGGCUGGUGUCGGAUUUUACUAGCCAAGAAAGAUAUAAAUGAUAAUGCCCUCUCACACAGGCGUCCUGCUUAUCUCCGCACGCUCUCAAUGUCUCAGAAUUGGGAGAUUGAAACCAUUCCAGAAUAUUUGUUUACCGCAAUGAGAGGACUGCGUGUUCUGGAUUUGAGCUACACACGGAUCUUAACAUUGCCUGCGUCUGUUGGAAAGAUGGUACUUCUGAAGGUCCUGAAUUUAAGGGGUACAGAGAUAAGGGAGGUACCGGAGUGUGUGAGAUAUCUGAAAAGUCUCUUGUUUCUAGCGAUGCCCAGUUAUUUUUUUGAUAUACCAGUAUGGAUAAGUGAACUUAAAAAUCUUCAGCAUUUAGAAUGCAGGGAUGUUUCUCCCAUGCCGAAGGGAAUAUCAGAUAUGGUUUCUUUGAGAACACUCCGAGUAGGAUGCUUGAAGCUCUCCAUAGAAGAGGACGAAUUCAUGAGGUUGGAGGAUUUGGCCAAGAUGACUCAGCUUCAGGAAUUACAUUUACUACUAAAGCAUGAGAUGGAGUUGGAGAGGAUGGAAGAAGGGAUUCUUGCGCAGCUCAUCAAGAUGCGUCGUCUAAAUAUCGGAAAUAUGAUGAGCGGAACUAAGUAUGCGAGUGCGCAGUUUUCAGAAAAAAUGAGAGCAAUGAGAGAUCUGGAAAGUCUUGAAUUAUACAGCUUCGUAGUGCCAGGUUGGAUAUGUGAUUUGGCAAAUCUGAGGGAAUUGGAAUUAAAUUAUUGUCCCUGUAUUUAUUAUCCGGAGUUGCAAAGAAUGCCCAAUCUAGUGAGGUUGGUGUUGCGUGGGGAUGAUUGUUGCAGAGAAUUGCCAAAGGCGUUUGGAAAGUCGGGAGGUUUCCUACAUCUCCGCUUCUUCACAAUUCAACUGUUUGAAAAAUUAGAAGAGUUCCCAAAAUUGGAGGAGGGGGCAAUGGCAUGUCUUGAGGAGUUCCGUCUGCAAUAUUGUCAGAAUGUGAAGAAAGUGGGAGAGGGAUUGGAGCGGUUGAAAAGAUUGAAGGUGUUCGAUUACACUGAUUCAGGGACAGAUGAAGUAAGAGAGGCAUUAAAGAAAGGCGGAGAAUAUUGGAAUAAAAUCGAAGCCAAUAAUUCCAGCGUAACUAUUACAGCAUCUGAAUUUGAAUCUGAAUAUGAGUAUGACUCUGAAUCUGCAAAUGAAUCUGAAAAUGAAUUUGAAUCUGAAUCUGUGCCAGAAUCAGAAUCAGAAUCAGACUCAGAAUCAGAAUCAAAAUCGGAAUAAGAAUAGAUUUUGUUUUUAAAUUUAUUUUUAUUAUUGUAAUAAUUCAAGAACAUUGCAGACCAACAGCAACAGUAACCAUGGAAAGGUAUAAAUUUAACUAAGGCCAUACACUAUUUGUAAGUAUAACAAGUAUUUGCUUUCUGUUUGAUGAAAUGUUGAUGGAAAAAA